GGAGGGACAAAGGUGGAUCAAGGACAGCAGAAGGAUUCACGCGGUCGAGCCCUCCCUGAAUUCGCAGCCCCCACGUGUGGUAUCAUCGCCCCCCAUCCCGCAGCCCCUGGGAGGCUGUGAGGAAGAGGAAGAUGCCCUGGGACAGCCAGGCAGAGCAGGAGCUGAGGAUGGAGAGCAGGGAGGACAAAUCCCCGCGGCACAACCUCGUGGAAGAGGCCGUUUUGAGCGGCUCCACAGUGCAGGAACCCAACGGGGAGGAAAAGCCCCGGAGAUGCUGCAGGAGGAGGGGCUGCAAACGCAGAUCACGGGGAUCUGAGGAGGAAAGACCCAGCCUGGGCCGGGGAGGCGGCCGGAGAUGGAGCCAGAGCUCAGAGCUGGUGGUCCAUGAGCAGCUCCAGGAUGGGGAGAAGCCCCACAGGUGCUUGGAGUGUGGGAAGAGCUUCAGGUACAGCUCCCAGCUGAUCCUGCACCGGAGGAUCCACACUGGGGAGAGGCCCUACGAGUGUUCUGAGUGUGGGAAGGGGUGUAAGACCAGCUCCGAUCUCCUCAAGCACUAUUGGAGUCACACAGAGGAGAGGCCCUUCUGCUGCCCCGACUGUGGGAAGGAAUUCAAGCAGAAGUCAAACCUCGUCAGGCACCAGAGGACCCACACUGGGGAGAGGCCCUACGAGUGUGGACAGUGUGGGAAGAGAUUCACCCUGAGCUCCAGCCUGAUCCAGCACCAGGUGCGCCACACUGGGGAGAGGCCCUAUGAGUGUUCCAAGUGUGGGAAGAGGUUUAAGAGCAGCUCUGAUCUCCUCAAGCACUAUCGGGUUCACACGGAGGAGAGGCCCUUCUGCUGCCCUGACUGUGGGAAGGGAUUCAGGAGGAACUCCCACCUCAUCUGCCAUAGGCGCAUCCACACUGGGGAGAGGCCCUACGAGUGUCCCCAGUGUGGGAAGAGCUUCUCACAGAGCUCUACCUUGACCCAACACCAACGGAGGCACCGGUAAGGGAAGCCCUGUGAGUGCCCCGAGUGCGGGAAGAGCUUCGUGCGCUGCUCCAGCUCCAUCCCCCACUGCAGGACCCAGGUUGGGCAGAGCCCUGGUGACCCACAUUCCCUGUGAUCUAUGUUGGGGACAAUAUUCUGGAGGAUAGAUGUGGGUUCUGGAGGUAUACUGGAGAAGAGAUGUGGGUUCUGGGGGUAUUUUGGGCAGUGUACUCCAUCUCUUUGCCCUCCAAAAGCCAAGAGGGUCACCUCAAAACAACUCAAUCCCACUGAAAACAACUCAAUUUUAAUUCAUAUGGGCUCAAUCCCACCUCAAAAUGGCUUGUUCCCAACUCAAAAAAACUCAGUCCCAUGCCAAACUCACUUGAUUCCACAGCCACCAGGUUGAGAUGGGGUUGGGAGGAGACUGGGAGAAGUGGGAUCCCAAUUUGGAGCGGUGGGAUGGGGAUUGUGUGGAGCUGGGUGGCUGGGAUGUAUUUGAUAGUAAAUAAAACUUUCAGAGUUACUGAUUUCUGUCCCGUUCAUUUUCAGUCCGUUGCAGUUCUGUUUGCAGAGUGCCACCUUCUCAGCUAAUUGUGUUUGUGUCCUCCUUUCUCUCCUGCCUCUCUUUGCCUGCUCUCUUUCUCUCUCUGUGUCUCCCUUGAGCCAGGACAGCUGCCACCAAAGACCCUGCCCUGAUUUAAUUCCCAGUGCAGGAGCUGCAACAACCAUGGGUGAAGUUAGGAAGGCUGGCAGUGAAAUGUCACUGUAGGAUCUUGUAAGAGCCUGUCUGAAGCCCCUCAUUUUCCAUUCUGCCUUCCGAUUGCCACGAGAAAGAAUCCCUUCCUCCACUGCAGUUCCGGCUUAGAACAGGACACAGCGGAGGUGCAACCACUGAACCGUCAUGCUGGCUGUUCCGAACAAGGGCUGGCAAGAACUUGGCAAGGACUUGGCAAGGACUUGGCAAAGACCUGACGUGGACCCAGCAUGGGACAGCCUGAUGCGCGGCCUGCUUCUAAUCUCCGUUCUUAAGCCGAAUGAACUUUUGGGGUGACUCCCGUGGUCCUUCAUUGAAGACCCCUCAUCUGCCUCGUUACCACUGUGACAAACAAAGAAUGAGAACCCUCCUCCCAAGGACUGAGACUGAGACCCCUACUACAGGGAGGAGGGGAAAUUGGUGGUCUGACCACUAAUGACAUGACCUGUUUCCCUUCAGUGAUCCAAUGGACUUAUUCUUCAUUGUAUUUGUCUUGUUUGGUGGUUUCUGUGGACUCACCUGUUCCCUCGUGGCGAUUACAAUGGUCUUUCAUUGUUACACUUGUUCCCCCCUCUUUCCUCUGUGGACUAUAACUGGACCCACAAGUCGACCAGAACUUCGGAGACUCCCCCGACACGACAGACGGAUCCCCAUCGUCCGGACCACUGAGGAUCUUGCCUGUGUUGGUAGCUAUUCCCAUACCCCUCUUCUCUCUCUCUAUCCUUUUAUCUCCUUUCUGAUCCCCACUAUCGCAUUUACUGUUUUGGCCCCUAAUAAAGGUACAUUUGUUGUGAUUAA